AUAUUUGAAUUAAUUAUUGCAUCGCAAGAAAAGCAGAAGGCUGAUGCCGAAAAAGAAAGGAAGGAGCUAAGAGAUUCUGUUCUCUCGAGAGUUCUUGAUCAAUCUGCACGUGCAAGACUCAAUACACUUAAAAUGACUAAACCAGAGCUUGCCCAACAGGUUGAGACAAUGCUUUUCCAAAUGGGCUGUUCGGGGCGAAUACAAAGCCAGACUCGCAUUUAUAUCCUAACUAUUUAG